CAACCACUGCACGCGCGUGUUCCGAAUUCGUCGGGUCGGACCAGAACCGAGGAAUCAGCCAUUCGCAAACGUCCGCAAAACAGGGGACACUUCGCUGCUCGUAUUCCUCCACCGUUUCCGGAACAAUGGCAGCUCCGGGAGAAGGGCUCCGAGCCGGAAUGAGCUUCGCUUCAAACCAUUCAAGAACUCGCAGAUCAUCGUCAUCUCGGAGAAUUACCUUAUCUUCAUCGGGUUCGGGUAUCCGGAGACGGCUUUCGAGGGCCCUAGCGACACUGUCAUCACCCACGCUCUUCAAGAAAAAGCGUCGCGCCCCCUGUCCUGGUUGUUCUGCAAGAGUCUCCAGCAUUGCCAACACU